AACAGGUAAUCUUUCACACAAUCUGUUUAUAUAACAUUUCGAUGGUGGUGUAUAUCCGCAAUUCUUCAUAACCAUGGCAAUCGAAACUCAUUCAGGCGACCAGUUUAUUAGAGAUUACCUUCACCCACUCUUUAGAACCAGUAAUGAUUCAGAAAUGUUAACUCGCAUGGUCUGGAUUUCCUUGUUUUAUACUUUAAGUGUUAUCGCUACGAUGGCUGUCUUACCAGCACCGUAUGGUCGAUACAGCAGCUCACGUUUUGGAUUUUUAUUGCCUGGAAAAUUUGCUUGGAUAACCCAAGAGUCUCCAGCUCUUAUAGUGCCAAUCAUUUUACUGUGGACUACUUCUGCAACAUGUUGGAAAUCUACAACAAAUAAAAUUCUAUUUGUUGCAUUUCUCAUCCACUAUGUUCAAAGGAGUUUAAUUUACCCUUUGACAACUAGAGGUGCAAAAGAUUCACCAUUUUUAGUCUGCAUCUCAGCUUUGAUGUUUUGUGUAUUCAAUGGCUUCAUGCAAGGCCAUUACCUUUUAAAUUAUUAUCAGUAUGAUGACGAUUGGGCAACAUCACCACAAUUUGUUAUAGGAUUGAUCAUAUUUUGUAUUGGAUUUGCUAUUAAUGUCCACUCAGAUCAGCUAUUGAUUCACCUGCGCAAACCGGGAGAAACAGGAUAUAAAAUCCCUGUCGGUGGUAUGUUUGACUACGUAACUGGAGGCAAUUUCUUUGGAGAAAUUGUUGAGUGGUUUGGCUUCGCCAUCGCUUCCUGUAGUCCUCCAUCAGCUAUUUUUGCCGUCUUUACUGCAUGCUAUCUUGGUAUGCGAGCAUGGCACCACCACAAUUAUUAUCUCACCAAGUUCGAAGACUAUCCGCGAACACGAAAAAUUAUUAUCCCAUUUUUAUUUUAA